AGACGAAGGGUGGAAGUGGGAUUAUCGAUUGAAUUUGUAUCACGAAUCGAAUUCCACCGUAAACUCCUUCAAAUAUCCCAUUCAGAUUAUUCUUUCACCAAAUAUUCGGAAUUCCAGUUUAUUCUUUCUCGAUGUUGAACUCAACUUUACGAAUCUAUCCAGGUUAAUAUUUGACGUCGUUGGACCUUUCACAAUAUUGCCCAUCCCUGACGUACCACCAAUCCAACCGGCGAAUAAUAACACGAAUCAAAGUGGCGCGGACAUUUUUGCGAGUUGGAACAAGGAAAAUGGCGAUGACGAAAAUCAAACGACAUCAGAAAAACAGUUGGAACUGAAUAAGCAAAAUUCGAGAAAUGGGAAUGGAAAAGAUAAGAAAUCGGAUAGCUGGA